AUGAUGUUCUUAGCAUUACUCAGUUUGUUAGCUAUUACUGUAUUUUCUGGAUGCAAAGGUUUGCUCGACAUUCCAAAGAUAUCAGUAUAUCCAUGUGAAGUACCAGUAGCCGACAGACUCUUUUCAAUAUGCUGUAAAGCGGAAAAUAUCUUCACUUCUUCUGUCUUUUUCUUCCAAAAUACGACGGAUAAUAUCAUCGCUAAAAUAGAUCAUCCAUGUUACGUCACAACUGGUCGAGGAUUGAUGAGCUGGAACUGUCAGACAUCCGGGCAUAUUCGGACCUUCAGAAUAAAAACUACAAGAAAUACAAGUCUUUCAACUGGAUUGUGGGGAUGUGGAUAUUACGGCGGAAAAUCUUCAUACAGUCUUAAAGAAAACAAAAUUGUGACAAGAAACAGUGGCAACCAUUUCGCCAAACUACAUGACAACACUACAUUGGCAUGGAUGGUCCAUCACACAGACUAUAAGAUCUACAUGCCUAAUGGACAAUUACUGAACACAUCUGAUUUGAAACAUGCAAUAGAGAACAACAUUACAGCAAUCAGUGUUACCGUGCACAAUAUAGCCGAAAAGGAUAAUGGUACAUAUAUUUGUGUAUCAGACCAAAACAAAAGACGAGAUGCUAUAACACUGAUUGUCGUAGAACCACCUUUAAGACCAUCUAUACUAGCUCUGAAGACAGAAUUUUCUGGACACAUGAUGACCCUCAACCUUACCUGUCAGACAAACAGUCUAUCUGCAGCACCGCCAUAUUAUGUUCCUCAGUUUAACAUAUCAUGGUUGUAUUCUACAACAGCAGGUUACACAGUCAUUCCAGAUGGCCAUUUUCUGAUUAUCAAGGAUUUUGAUUGCCAUUUAAAAUAUUCAAGACCUGUUUUCUGUGCACUGAAAGAAAGUCCCGGAGAUUGGACUCCAUCUGUAUUCACAUAUCCUCAUAAGCAAUGUGUUUCCAGACCAAGUGUAGUUACACAACAGGAUUCUAAAACCGAUAAAAGCGCACAGACUGCAGGAUAUGUGAUAGCUGGAAUAAUUUGUGGAAUUUUGUUAGAACUGACUCAGAUAUAUCGACAAGGAAGAUCCCAUGGACAGAGCACAUGUUAUAUUUUACGAAGCUGUUGUUGUGACAAAUGUGAUGUUUUACUAGAAUGUUGUGAAGAAAUUACAGAGAGUUGUCAGGAGAGUUGUCAAGAUAAAUGUUGUACAAGGUGCAAGAAAGACAGCGACGACGACGAACCCAUUGAUUUAGAAAUACAUAGCAGACUACGAAGAACAAGACGUACAACUGAAGACGAUUUACAGAAUAUCCUUAACCUCUACAAUGUCCAAGACACACCCACAAUGACCCCACAACAACAGAGAAGGUGA